CCACCACCAACAAAAUCACGACUUCCUUAAUAUCCAGAUUAAAAGGAGCAGACAAAACACAACGCGUGCAGUUGAGAAGCGGGGGAGGAUCCCGAAGAAGGAAGCAGUCCGGCUGGCCGUGCCCCACGGUUGCGGUGCUGUCACGCCAUAAGUAUUUAUACCAACCCAACGCUCUUUGUUUCCCCUCCUUUUGGAUCUGUUGAGUUUCUUUGUUGAAUAAGACAGCAUGGGUGCCCAGUUCUCCAAGACCGCUGCAAAGGGCGAAGCCUCCGCCGAGAAACCUGGGGAAGCAGUGGCUGCAUCUCCAUCCAAGGCGAAUGGACAGGAGAACGGCCACUUGAAGGUGAACGGCGACGCCUCCCCCGCGGCGGCGGAGGCGGGCAAGGAGGAGGUGCAGGCGAACGGCAGCGCGCCCGCCGAGGAGACGGGCAAAGAGGAGGCGGCCUCGUCGGAGCCCGCCUCCGAGAAGGAGGCGGGAGAGGCGGAGAGCACCGAGCCGGCCUCCCCGGCGGAGGGCGAGUCCUCCCCCAAGACUGAGGAGGGCGCGACCCCCUCGUCCAGCAGCGAGACCCCGAAAAAAAAAAAGAAGCGCUUUUCGUUCAAGAAGUCCUUUAAGCUGAGCGGCUUCUCCUUCAAGAAGAACAAGAAGGAGGCCGGCGAAGGGGCCGAGGGCGAGGGCGGCGCCGCCGCCGCGGCGGCGGAGGGCGGGAAGGAGGAGGCGGCGGCCCCCGAGGCGGCGGGCAGCGAGGAGGGCAAGGCGGCCGCCGAGGAGGCGUGCGCGGCCGGCAGCGCCGAGGCGGCGAAGGAGGAGGCGGGGGACUCGCAGGAGGCCAAAUCGGACGAGGCCGCCCCCGAGAAGGCGGCGGGAGAAGAGGCCCCGGCAUCGGCGGCGGCCGAGGAGCAGCAGCCGCCCCAGCAGGCAGCGGAGGGGAAGGCGGAGGAGGCGGCGGGCGCCGGCGCCGCCACGAAUGAGGCGGGCAGCGGCGAGCAGGAGGCGGCCCCCGCGGAGGAGCCGGCGCGGCAGGAGCCCCCCGCCGAGAGCAGUCCGGAGGGACCCGCCGCCGAGUCGGCGGAGUAGUAAGCGCCGCCGCCGCCCCUCGCCGACGGACUUUUCUUCCCCCCUGUUUGUUUUUGGAGUGGUGCCAGGUACUGGUCUCGGAGAACUUGUCUACAACCAGGGAUUGAUUUAAAAGAUGUCUCGUUUCUUUUUUUUCUCUCCCCCCGCAGCUCCCAUCUCAAAUCGUUAUAUGUUGCCGCCAUUCCAACGGGCGGAGGGGGGCUCCCCUCCGCCUUCCUCUCCCAUCCUUUAUAUUUUGGUUAUUUUGGGUUUUUGUUUUCAUCAGUAUUAAUGUUUUGUUUUGGUUGGUUCGGUUUUUUUUUUUUUUUUGUUGGUUUUUUGCUUUUUUUAAAUUUUGUUCGUUUAUUUUUUAAUUUCAUACUUUGCAACUCUCUUCAUAUUAUAAAACUUUUGCCGAUCGGUCUAUGGACAUGCCCAUAUAUGAAGGAGAUGGGUGGGUCAAUAAGGGAUAUCAAAUGAAGUGACAGGGGCCGCAGUGGGGAACCCGGGGCGCGCAGCCCUUGCCGGGAGCGCGCCCCGCCAGAAAUGAUGUAAGGGGUUAGUCUUUUUUUUAAAAGAAAGUUAUUACGAUGUAUUUUGUGAGGCAGAUGUUCUAUAAGGUUUACAACACUACAAGUCUUGAUUAAGAAGGAAAGGAAAAAGGAAAAAAAAAUAAAAAAUAAAAAUCAAUACCCAGAUAAAGAGAUCAUAGUCUUAGAAAUUCAUUUAAACCAUAGGAACUUUUCACUUAUCUCAUGUUAGCUGUAUCAGUCAGUGAUUAAGUAGAAAUACAAGUUGUAUAGGCUUUAUUGUUUAUUGCUGGUUUAUGACCUUAAUAAAGUGUAAUUAUGUAUUACCAGCAGGGUGUUUUUAACUGUGACUAUUGUAUAAAAAAAACAAAUCUUGAUAUCCAGAAGCACAUGAAGUUUGCAACUCUUUCCACCCUGCCCAUUUUUGUAAAACUGCAGUCAUCUUGGACCUUUUAAACACAAAUUUUAAACUCAACCAAGCUGUGAUAAGUGGAAUGGUUACUGUUUAUACUGUGGUAUGUUUUUGAUUACAGCAGACAAUGCUUUCUUUUCCAGUUGUCUUUGAAAAUAAAGGAAAACUCUUCAGAUGCAAUGUUUUUUUUUUUUUUUUUGUGUAGCAUCUUGUCUAUCAUGUUUUUGUAAAUACUGGAGAAGCUUUGACCAAUUUGACUUAGAGAUGGAAUGUAACUUUGCUUACAAAAAUUGCUAUUAAACUCCUGCUUAAGGUGUUCUAAUUUUCUGUGAGCACACUAAAAGCGAAAAAUAAAUGUGAAUAAAAUGUAUAAUUUGGUUGUCUUUCUUUUAUGGAUACUCUAGUAGCUUAAAGGGACUAGCCAGUAUUGCCUAGAUUUGUAGAGAGACGGUCAUGUGUGCUGUUAGCACUAGCUUUGAAAAGUACCUUCCUGGAUUUUGGACUCUGUAAUACUGUGCAUUUUACAGAGAAAGUGUGCAGUGCACCAGGUAAUUUGUAUGCUUUUCUAGCUUUAAAAAGAAGAAUGGAAGGUAGUCUGAGCAUGUAGUGUAUGAUUCUCCUGUCCAGGCUCCAUCUUGCUUUUAAGACCAGAGGUAUCCAGUGUAUGAGGAUCUUGCCUCUUGAGAAAAACAAGAUUUCAUUUGAAUUGCUUAGGUUGUGGCACUGAAAUUUGUAUGCUGAGUUGCUUAAAAAUUAAGCUCUUGAACAGAUGUCCCACUUAGGUCUUGGUAUACUGGUCCUGCUUUGGUACCUCAAUGUUUACCUUGAAAACUUUAGCCUGGAAGGAGAAGGGGGAAACUAACACUGCCAUUCUACUUAAAGUAAUUAAAAGCAAUAUUUUCUUUUUAUCCUCAAGUGCUACUCCCAAGUACAGGUGAGUUUCAAAACAGAUUUCAAAAUUCGUCAAUUAAAAAAAAU